CAAAUACAAAAAGGGUCAGUUCACAAUUCCUCUUAUAAACCCUCGGUGAUAUCGCUGUUGACUCUCUCUAGUAUCUCCCCUCACAUUCGAUCAUGGCGAAGUUUAGGGUUUUCUUCUUCCUGGCUGUUCUUCUUUUCGCCUCUUCUUUCUUACUUCAAGUUGCUAGGUGUCAGUCUGACUCUGAAUCAGACGCUGAUGCUGAUCUUGUUGCUGAAACUGUUGAGGAAGGAAGAGUUAGUGGGGCUGUUGGUGAUGACUCUCAGAACUUUGAAGGUUGGAAUUUUAGUCCAGCUUCAGGUGUGGAGACAGUCUGUGUUUUCCCAAAGAACCCUUCAAAAUUGGUAGUAGCAGGGGAAGAGACUGAGGUAUUAAUUGGAAUGAAAAAUGAAGGGGAACAAAGUGUGAAAGUUCUUGCGAUUCAUGCCAGCAUUCAUCUUCCUUAUCAUCACAUGUUGGUGCAGAAUCUCUCAGCUAUGUCUUUCAACAAUGCAUCGGUUCCUGCUUCAGUUCAAGCUACUUUCCCUUACACAUUUGCUGUCAGCAAAUACUUACAGGCUGGGACAUUUGAUCUUGUUGGAAUGAUAGUUUAUGAGGUAGAUCAGCUCCCAUAUCAAAACAUAUUCUACAAUGGAACAAUUGAAGUCACUGAAGCUGGUGGACUUGUUAGUGUUGAGACUUUAUUCCUGAUUUCUCUUGGAUUUGCCCUUUUUGUCCUUUUUGGAUUGUGGGUUCGUGGUCAAAUGCAAAAUCUUUCCAAGAAAACUAAGAAGGUGGCAAAGGUGGAAAUUGGAACUAAGACUGUUGAUGCAUCAAUGGAUGAGUGGCUACAGGGGACUGCUUAUACUCAGUCUAACAAAUCAAAGAAGAAGAAGUAGAAGAGAAUGAGGGAAGAGUAGAUUAUCGGGAGUUUAUGUUUAGAUGAGAAACAAAGCCCUUAUAACAAAUGUAACUUUUACAUGUUGUUUUGUUGGAGAAUUGACCUUUUUUUAAGCAACAAAUGUAAGAGGGAAUGAAAAGAAAUGUUAUAAUUUGUUCA